ACUAGCAUCAGCUCAACUCAUAAGAACAGAACCAACCCAGUUUGUUGCAGCUAAGUUCAUUCCUUUGUGUUUAGUUUGCUACUCCGAUCAUCACUUGUUUGCUGCUGAGAUCAUGGCAUUAGCUGUGGUAGGUGGUGCGCUCCUUUCUGCUUUCGUUGACGUUCUUUUUGAAAGACUAGCUUCACCUGAAGUUGUCAACUUGAUCCGUGGGAAGAAGCCUGACAAGUUGCUUCAAAAGGUGGAGAACCAGCUGAUAGUUGUUAGAGUUGUGCUUGCUGAUGCUGAGAACCGACAAAUCACAGACCCCAAUGUCAAAAAGUGGCUAGAUGUUCUCAAAGAUCUUGUCUACGAGGUUGAUGACUUACUUGAUGAAGUUUCUACUAAAGCUGCUGCUCAAAAGGAGGUACGCAAUUCCUUUUCUCGCCUUUUCAACAAGAGGAAGAUUGUUAGUAUUAGUAAGUUAGAAGACAUUGUUGAAAGAUUAGAUGAUAUUUUAAAACAAAAAGAGAGUCUUGAUUUGAAGGAGAUUCCGGUGGAGAGGAACCAACCAUGGAAAGCUCAGCCAACAUCUCUGGAAGAUGGAUAUGGUAUGUACGGUAGAGAUAAAGAUAAGGAUGCCAUAAUGAAGAUGGUGUUAGAGGAUGGCACUGAUGGUGAACAAGUUUCUGUGAUCCCUAUUGUAGGCAUGGGUGGGGUUGGGAAAACCACUCUGGCAAGAUCUGUGUUCAACGAUGACAAAUUGAAGCAGCAGAUAUUUGAUUUAAAGGCAUGGGUUUGUGUUUCUGAUAUAUUUGAUAUGGUGAAGGUCACAAAAACUAUGAUAGAGGAAAUUACCAAAAAGCCUUGUAAAUUGAGUGAUCUAAAUGCCCUCCAACUUGAGUUGACCGACAGAAUGAAGGGUAAAAGAUUCUUGAUUGUGUUAGAUGAUGUUUGGAUUGAGGAUUGUGAUAACUGGUGUAGUCUUACGAAACCAUUUCUAAGUGGGAUUUCGGGAAGUAAAGUUCUUGUGACGACCCGCAAUGAAAAUGUAGCGGCUAUAGUCCCUUUGCGUACUGUUAAAGUAUAUCAUCUAGACAAAUUGUCAAAUGAAGAUUGUUGGUUGGUGUUUGCAAACCAUGCAUUUCCUCUCCCAGAAGCCAGUGAGAAAAGAGGAACCCUAGAAAAGAUUGGAAAAGAGAUUGUUAAAAAGUGUAAUGGGUUGCCUUUAGCUGCACAGUCACUUGGAGGAAUGCUGAGAAGAAAGGAGGCUAUUAGGGAUUGGAAUAAUGUACUUGAAAGUGACAUUUGGGAACUUCCUGAGAGUCAGUGUAAAAUUAUUCCAGCACUCAGAAUUAGUUAUCAUUAUCUCCCUCCACAAUUAAAACGGUGUUUCGUUUAUUGCUCACUCUACCCCAAAGAUUGUCAAUUUAAAAAAGAUGAACUAAUUCAGCUGUGGAUGGCUGAAGAUCUUGUAAAAGCGGCGAAGAAAGGAAAGACUUUAGAAGAAGUUGGUCAAGAGUAUUUUGAUGAUUUGGUUUCGAGAUGCUUUUUCCAAUCUACAAGUCGGAGUUGCGGUGAUUAUUUUGUAAUGCACGACCUCAUUCAUGAUCUAGCAACAUUCCUUGGUGGGGAAUUCUAUUUCAGAGCAAAUGAACUUGGGAAAGAAACCAAAAUCGAUAGAAAGACUCGUCAUUUGUCAUUUACAAGAUUCAGUGAUCCAGUCUCGGAUAUUGAAGUUUUUGACACACUAAAAUUUCCAAGAACUUUCUUGUUGAUCAAUUAUAAAGACUCUCCAUUCAACAAUGAAAAGGCACCACGUAUUGUAGUCUCGAUGCUGAAAUACUUGAGAGUUUUAUCUUUCUGUGACUUUCGAAGUCUGUUUGCUCUGCCCGACACAAUUGGUGAAUUGAUCCAUUUGCGUUAUCUAAAUCUCUCUAAUACCGGUAUAAUAACUCUGCCAGAGUCAUUGUGUAAUUUGUGCAAUUUGCAAACUUUGAAGUUGUUCAGUUGCUUUAAUCUGACUAAGUUGCCUAGUGCCAUGCAAAAUCUUGUAAACUUGCGUCAUCUUGAAAUUCUUGAUAUCUUCAUAGAAGAGAUGCCUAAAAGAAUGGGGAAACUAAGUCAAUUACAGAAGUUGGAUUUCUAUAUUGCGGGCAAGCAUAUAGAGAAUAGCAUCAAAGAAUUGGGAGGACUUCCAAAUCUCCAUGGUUCGUUUUCUAUCGAGGAAUUGGAGAAUGUUACCAAAGGCGAAGAAGCAUUAGAGGCCAGGAUAAUGGAUAAGAAGCAUAUUACCCAUCUAUCCUUAGAAUGGUCUACAGGUAAUGACAAUAGCAUCUACUCCCAAAUUGAAUUAGAUGUACUCAGUAACUUACAACCUCAUCAAGACCUGGAAUCGCUUUCAAUAAAGGGGUAUAAAGGAACCAAAUUUCCGAAAUGGGUGGGAAAUUUGUCCUACCGCUACAUGACAAGUAUGAGUUUAUAUAAUUGUAAGAACUGUUGCAUGCUUCCUUCAAUGGGGCAACUACCAUCUCUCAAGCGCCUCUGUAUUGCAGACAUGAAUUCGGUGAAGACUAUUGAUGCAGGAUUUUAUAAGACGGAAGAUUGUUCAUCCGUGAUACCCUUCCCCUCCCUUGAGUGUCUAGAAAUUUUUCGCAUGCCUAGUUGGGAGGUGUGGAGUGCCUUUGGUUCAGAUGCUUUUCCUGUGCUUCGGGAUCUUUAUAUAUUUGAUUGCAUCAAAUUAAAGGGAGAUUUACCAAAUCAUCUUCCUGCUCUGCAAAGACUUAUCAUUAGAAAUUGCGAGCUUCUUGUUUCUUCUGUCCCAAGGGCUCCCACCCUUCGAACAUUGAAGAUUCGUAACAGCAACAAAGUAACGUUUCAUGAGUUUCCUCUUUUGGUGGAGAGUAUAGACGUAGAAGGAGGUCCAAUGGUGGAGUCCAUGAUGGAGGCCAUCACCAACGUCCAACCUACUUGCCUCCAAUCUUUAACAUUACAGAAUUGUUCCUCAGCCAUAUCAUUUCCAGGUGAACGUCUUCCUGCAUCGUUGAAAGCUCUGCUUAUGAGUGGUUUAAAGAAACUGAAAUUCCCAAUACAACACAAACACGAAUUAUUGGAAUCACUAUCAAUAAUGAAUAGUUGUGAUUCGCUCAUGUCUCUUCCAUUGGCUACCUUUCCAAAUCUCAGUAGUCUUAAAAUCAAAGACUGUGAAAAUAUGAAAUCACUUUUGUUGUCAGGGUCAGAUUCGUUGAAGAGUCUGAGCUAUUUUCAGAUUAGCAACUGCCCCAACUUUGUAUCAUUUCCCGAAGAAGGAUUGUCUGCGCCCAAUUUGACUCUUUUCCGUGUUUAUGGUUGUGAGAAGUUGAAGUCCUUGCCUGAACAGAUGAGAACUCUUCUCCCAAAGAUGGAAUAUCUUAACAUAUCCAACUGCCAACAAAUAGAGUCAUUCCCUGUAGGGGGUAUGCCACCUAACUUGAAAACAGUUGAGAUCAGCAAUUGUGAGAAACUAGUGAGCGGUAAAGCAUGGGUAUGCACGGACAUGGUUACCUCUCUCAUUGUGUGGGGUCCAUGUGAUGGCAUCAACUCCUUCCCAAAGGAGGAUCUGCUCCCUCCCUCCCUUGUGUCUCUGCAUCUAUGUGAUUUGUCAAGUUUGGAGACGUUGGAGUGCAAGGGCCUUCUCCAUCUAACGUCGCUACAAGAAUUGCGUAUUCAAAAUUGUGAAAAGCUGCAGAAUAUCGCUGGAGAAAGAUUGCCUGUCUCUCUAAUAAAAUUAAUCAUAGUGGGAUGUCCACUACUGCAAACACGAUGCCACAGUAAGGACCGUGAAAUUUGGUCUAAGAUCUGCCAUGUCCGUGGGAUAAAGAUUGACGGUAGAUGGAUUUAACUAGCAAGGAUGAUGAACAGUUAGUCUGUGUGGUCAAUGCCAAUAUUCUGCUUAGCAUUGUGGUGAAAUUGAACAUGGUUGAAAGGAGUGGCAUUUGAAAUGCUGAAAAUAGACUGUACAUGUUGAAAGGACUGAACCUACUGUACGCUAACUCAAAUGCACUGAAUGAGAAAGAAAGGAAUCUUCCAUUCAGGGCUUUUGAUGCAAAAGAUCAGAGUAGAAGUUAUGGUUUCAUCAGUCAUACAUGAUUUUACUCGUAUAAGGGAAGCUUCAGCACCUAUGGAUUGAGUUCUGGCAUGUAAAUUCUAUCUUUAUAGCCAAUUCAAAUGACAUAUUUAUGGAAGGUCAAAUAAAUUUUGGGAUGAAACUUCGCUACAA